AGAAAUAACUUAUAGAUGAAGAAAAGGAUGAGGUGCAAAGGGGAGUGGUUACUAGUGUUCCUUGUGCUGCACUCGUUGGCCACGACGCAGUUGCAUGUAGCUGAAGGUGCUACAAAGCUGCCCUUAAAUGGGCUGGUGCUCCAUUACUACAAGAAGCAUACCAACUGCACCUAUGCAGAGGAGUUCAUCAAGCACUUGGUGAAGAAGGCAUGGGAGUUCGACAGGUCCAUCACCCCCGCCCUUCUUCGCCUCGCCUACACCGAUUGCUUCGUGACGGGUUGCGAUGCUUCGAUUCUUUUGGAUGGGAAGAGCUCAGAGAAGGCGGCACCUCAGAACUCAGGGUUAAGGGGGUUUGAUGUUAUUGACAGGAUCAAGAGAGUUUUGGAAGCUCGGUGCCCAGGGACGGUCUCCUGUGCUGAUAUCAUACACCUUGCUGCUAAAGAUGCAGUAGCCCUGGCUGGUGCACCUAAGUACCCAGUAUUUACAGGGAGACGCGACGGCAUGCAAUCCACCGCCAAAUCGGUAGACCUACCAUCUCCUUCCAUUUCAUGGGAUCAAGCCCUUGCCUACUUCCAGUCUCGAGGUCUCGACGUGCUUGACCUUGGAACUCUUUUAGGUGCCCACACCAUGGGGGUGACCCACUGCCAUUACAUCCAUGAUCGGAUUCAUAAGUUCAACCACACCGGAAAACCUGACCCGAGCAUGGCUCCAUCUCUCGCCCGCCGGCUGAGGCAGAAAUGCCAGCCGAAAUGCUACGACGGGCACCGAGACCCGACCGUCUUCCUCAAUCCCACAUCUGGCAAGAACUACACCUUUGAGAACUCCUACUACAAACGAGUACUGAGGAAGUUGGGUGUGCUUGGAAUAGACCAGCAGUUCAUCUUCUCCGAGGAUGGACUACGGAUAGCUAAGCAGUUUGCUGAUAAUUUUGAAGAUUUCAGGCGUUAUUUUGCUUUUACAAUGAGCCGAAUGGGGAGCAUAGGAGUGCUGACAGGCAACCGAGGUGAGAUUCGGCAUCACUGUCGUUACACAAAUGCAGAGUAUCCAAAAAUUUGAAGUGAGGAAUCACAUCUUGACCAUUUUAGUUGAAGUUCAUCUUGUUUCCUUUGGCAGCUUGGAGCUCUUCUUAUUUCUAGACUGAGUGGUGUACUUAACUAGAUCAUCACCUAUUCAAAUAAUGAAGGAUUGUCUUUUUUGAUCCAUUAA